UUUUAUUUCACACCACAAAUUAACUGAUUGACAUCAUGAGCUCUAUAAAUAAUUAUGGAUAUGAACCUAACAGCAGCCAAAUAAUAUAUCAAAAUCUAGACAGCACAGAUCAACAGUCUCUUAAAAAUUUAAUAGCGGAGUUGACGAUGGAAGUGCGGGCUUUAAAGACAGAAGUGAAGGAGCUAAAGGAAGAAAACAAAAUAAAUUUGUUGAAGCUGACAGAGGAAGUUAUUGCGGUCAAAUUGGAAAACAGGGGAAAACCCUCUGAAAGUCAAAGCCCAGAAUUCGACCAACUACCAUUUUACCAUAAGAAGGAUCUUGACGAUUUCGAAGCACAGCUUUUACAAAAACCUGAGUUGUUGAAGAAAUUUGUAUGUAUAAUGCUUAUGUUGCUUUUACCAGUUACAAAUGUAUAA